AUGAAGGUCGAGGCAGUGAACCCUAGUGUAUUUCUAGACAUCAAAAUAGGUGCUAGGGAUGUGGGGAGAGUGGUGAUUGAACUCUAUGAGCAACAGGCUCCACUUACAUCCUCUUGGUUCCAAUCGCGUAUCAACCAACAUGUAUUUGAUGGGGUCAAAUUUGGCCGAGCUAUCAAGAACUUUAUGGUGCAAACAGCUGUAGAAGAAGGUCAAGAAGCUGAAGUUCCCGCUUUAGAAAAUUUGGGAGGUUCUUUGGAUACUCCAUUUCAAGUCUGUACUGUCAAUGAUGCUUCAGGCAACUUUUUCAUCACCACUUUUCCACAACCGCAUCUUCAAGGUCAACAGACGGUUUUUGGUCAAGUGACCCACGGCAAGUUCGUUGUACGACAAAUGGAACAAGUCAAAGCAUCUUCGAGUGGUGUUCCGGAAGAAACGAUACAAAUUACCAAUACUGGAAUCUGGACAGAAGGUAUGGAUGUUCCUGUUACUGAUGCAAGCUACGAUACUCGAGGCGGAGAUAUUUACGAAGAAUAUCCAGACGAUGAUACCCAUAUCGACAAAGAAUCCUCUGAGCUGGUCUACGAUGCCGCCUGUGCCAUAAAAGAAAGUGGAACCUUGCUUUAUAAAGCUGGGGAUGUGCAACUGGCAUUUUUCAAGUACAGAAAAUGUUUGCGAUAUGUGAUGGAAUUUAUUCCGGACAUUGACCAGGAACCAGAGUGGUAUAAGAAGUAUUCUGACUUAAAAAUCAAGCUAUAUCUCAACCUAUCGCUCACUGCCAUGCACUUGAAAAAUUGGCAAAAAACGAUAGACUACGCUACUUAUAUUAUCGAGCUGGCCGGGGUCGAAAAGCAAACUCAAGCAAAGGCAUAUUUUCGCCGAGGAAAGGCUUUGGUGGGUUCCAAGAAGUAUGAUGAAGCCAUUUCAGACCUCAAAGAGGCACAAAAACUCGUUCCUGACGAUAAGGCAAUUGCGUCUGAAUUGGCUUCGACAGAGGAAAUUCUUCAACAACGCAAGGCUCACGAAAAAGCAAAGUACGCCAAAUUUUUCAAGUAG